UCGCGCAGUAACAAAUGAAGUGCGCGCUGCGACACCUCCCAGCUCUCCAAGCUCGGCCGCCAUUUCCUCGCCGGGCCUAACGGUCCGGCCAAUCCCAGCGCGCAUCGAGAAGAGUUAAGGCUCCACCAAUCGUAGGCCGCCGAUUCCAACCCCUUGCCUCGGCCCGACCCAAUCCAGGCCCCGGCCCCGUCGCCCCCGGCCCGCCCCCGCUGCGCCCUCUCUCCUCCCUCUUUGUGCGUCUCGCGCCGCCGCCGCCCGCCGCGUGAGAGGACGGGGUCCGCGCGUUCCGCGGCAGCGCAGUCAAGUCCCCCCCCCCCGGAAGAUUCGCGAAGGAGAAGCCGCCGCUGCCGAAAAGGAACCGCUGGUGCCGGUCCCCUGGGGCGCCAUGGCGACCGGAGCGAACGCCACGCCGCUGGGUAAGCUGGGCCCCCCCGGCCUCCCCCCUCUUCCUGGUCCUAAAGGGGACUUCGAGCCGGGGCCACCGCCUGCCCCCGGGCCUGGGGCGGGGCUGCUGGUGCCCGGGCCUCCGCCGCCCCCGCCCGUGGGCUCGGUGGGGGCCCUGACCGCGGCCUUCCCCUUCGCGGCACUGCCGCCGCCGCCGCCGCCGCCCCCGCCCCCCCCGCCUCCCCAGCAGCCGCCGCCGCCGCCCUCUCCGGGCUCCUCGUACGCGCCGCCGCAGCCGCCCCCUCCGCCGCCGCUCUACCAGCGGGUGUCGCCACCGCAGCCGCCGCCGCCACCCCAGCCGCCAUGUCAGGACCAGCAGCCGGGCCCGGCCGGCGGCGGAGGAGACUUCCCAAGUAAGAAGCGGAAGAGAAGCCGCUGGAACCAAGACACAAUGGAACAGAAGACUGUGAUUCCAGGAAUGCCUACAGUUAUUCCCCCUGGACUUACUCGGGAACAAGAAAGAGCUUAUAUAGUGCAACUGCAGAUAGAAGACCUGACUCGUAAACUGCGCACAGGAGACCUGGGCAUCCCCCCUAACCCUGAGGACAGGUCCCCUUCCCCUGAGCCCAUCUACAAUAGUGAGGGGAAGCGGCUCAACACUCGCGAGUUCCGCACCCGCAAGAAGCUGGAAGAGGAGCGGCAUAACCUCAUCACUGAAAUGGUUGCUCUGAACCCUGAUUUCAAGCCACCUGCAGAUUACAAACCUCCAGCAACACGUGUGAGUGAUAAAGUUAUGAUUCCACAAGAUGAGUAUCCAGAAAUCAACUUUGUGGGGCUGCUGAUUGGGCCCAGAGGGAACACCUUGAAGAACAUAGAGAAGGAGUGUAACGCCAAGAUUAUGAUCCGGGGGAAAGGGUCUGUGAAAGAAGGGAAGGUCGGGCGCAAAGAUGGCCAGAUGCUGCCAGGAGAAGAUGAACCACUUCAUGCCCUGGUUACUGCCAAUACUAUGGAGAAUGUGAAGAAAGCCGUGGAACAGAUAAGGAACAUCCUGAAGCAGGGUAUUGAGACCCCUGAGGACCAGAACGAUCUACGGAAGAUGCAGCUUCGAGAGUUGGCUCGCUUGAAUGGAACCCUUCGGGAAGACGAUAACAGGAUCUUAAGACCCUGGCAGAGCUCGGAAACCCGCAGCAUUACCAAUACCACAGUGUGUACCAAGUGUGGAGGGGCUGGCCACAUUGCUUCUGAUUGCAAAUUCCAGAGGCCUGGUGACCCUCAGUCAGCUCAGGAUAAAGCACGGAUGGAUAAGGAAUACUUGUCCCUCAUGGCUGAACUGGGGGAGGCACCCGUGCCCGCAUCUGUAGGCUCCACCUCUGGACCUGCCACCACACCUCUGGCCAGUGCACCUCGGCCUGCUGCUCCCGCCAACAACCCACCUCCGCCGUCUCUCAUGUCCACCACGCAGAGCCGCCCACCCUGGAUGAAUUCUGGUCCUUCAGAGAGUCGGCCCUACCACGGCAUGCAUGGAGGUGGGCCCGGUGGGCCCGGAGGUGGCCCCCACAGUUUCCCACACCCACUACCCAGCCUGGCAGGUGGGCAUGGUGGACAUCCCAUGCAGCACAACCCUAAUGGACCCCCACCCCCGUGGAUGCAGCCGCCGCCGCCACCGAUGAACCAGGGCCCCCACCCACCUGGGCACCAUGGCCCUCCUCCAAUGGAUCAGUACCUGGGAAGUACGCCUGUGGGCUCUGGGGUCUAUCGCCUGCAUCAAGGAAAAGGUAUGAUGCCGCCGCCACCUAUGGGCAUGAUGCCGCCGCCGCCGCCGCCUCCCAGUGGGCAGCCCCCGCCUCCUCCCUCUGGUCCUCUUCCCCCAUGGCAACAGCAGCAGCAGCAGCCUCCGCCUCCCCCUCCGCCCAGCAGCAGUAUGGCUUCCAGUACCCCCUUGCCAUGGCAGCAAAAUACGACGACUACCACCACGAGCGCUGGCACAGGGUCCAUCCCGCCAUGGCAACAGCAGCAGGCGGCUGCCGCAGCUUCUCCAGGAGCCCCUCAGAUGCAAGGCAACCCCACUAUGGUGCCCCUGCCCCCAGGGGUCCAGCCGCCUCUGCCGCCCGGGGCCCCUCCCCCUCCGCCGCCUCCGCCGCCUGGUUCCGCCGGCAUGAUGAUCCCUCCCCGCAGCAGCGAUGGCCCGAGCCAUGAGAGUGAGGACUUUCCGCGCCCAUUGGUGACCCUUCCAGGCAGACAGCCUCAGCAGCGCCCCUGGUGGACAGGAUGGUUCGGCAAAGCAGCCUGAGUUAUUUUUGUGGACGGAAUCAGAACACGCUGGCUCCAUAUUGUGAAAUUUUUAUUAAUUUUUUUCUUUUUCCUUUGUUAUUUCCUUAUCUUUUCUUUUCUUCAGACUCCGUCCAAGGAGAUGCUCUCCCCGGUCUUCUGCUGCAAUUAGAUUCCUUUCCCUCUUCUCAUUCCUUGUUCUUCUCUUUCUAAGGAGAGAGGAACAAAUGGUUUUUAGGCAAAGGCUUUUGGCCAUCAGUGUUGGGCUAGUUGAGGGAGGUGGGGGAUGUUUCUUUGGAUCUAAGAUUUUCAAGGUGCCAUAGUCACCCUGAGGUUUUUUACUUUUAAGUGUGAGGUUUUGUCUCUGCCACCCUUGUAGAGUAGUGGGUUUAUCCCCAGGUCCAGAGCCCAUAUCCAUCCUGGCACCCCUGCCAGCGGUAGGUGGGGUGCCUAAGCCACCUUGGGCUUGUCUGCCAGCCCAGAGAGUCUUUUUCACGCUCUCUGAGCACCUAAGCUGCCUCAGAUUCCAUUUGUUCCUCUCCUUCCUGGAAGGCUUCCUUUUAAAGUUUAUUUUAGUCCCAAACGUCUGAAUGUUUUGCAGUGUCUAGGGGUUUGAGCCCCUUGUUUUUGUUCUGCUUCCUUUUUUCUUCCUUCCCUCUUCAUGGAGUGAUUAUGUUGACAAUAAUGUAUAAUGCGCGUUCUCUUCACUGGUUUAUCUGCAGAAAUUUCUCUGGGCUUUUUUUUUCGGUGUAUGAUUCAACACUGCGUUAAAGGGGGAUGUUCCAUUGAAUAAAAGAGCAGUGUGGUUU